AUGCGGACGGCAGUGAUUUUCGCACGUCACAAUGGUGGCUGCGGGGCUGGACAUUGCAAGAGCUACUGGCACCAAAGACCGUCAUUUUCCUGGAUCAGAAUUGGCAACUCAUCGGUACUAGAUCAGGCUUAG